UACCCUACAGCAUAAAUCUAAUGCACAUAUGUAUGUUACAGGAGGUUCCUAUGGUGUGGAUAAUGGGCGGUCCGGGCAGCGGCAAAGGAACUCAGGCCCAGAAAAUUGAGAAGCAGUAUGGCUUCAAGCAUAUAGACCCCAUCGCAUUGAUCGAAAUGGAGAUAGCCACGAAUAGCCCUGCUGGCGAUAACUUUGCAAAAUUCAUAACAGCAGGAACUCCAAUACCCUUGCCACAAAUUGUACCCUUGAUUGAAAAACAGUUGAUGAGCCAUCGUGGUGUACUCAAGGGCUUCGUCAUUGAUGGGUAAGUGAAGCCAGAAUUUUGACACAAAAUAAUCUAUAUACCUCU